AAAAGUCUAUUUGUGAUUGGAGAAUCAUUCUCACAUAGAGCUGCUCCAUCUAGCAUGUCUGGUUGAAUUUCACGGCUGCUGUUUUUUUUUGUUGCUGUGCUUCAUACCAAUCUCACAGCGGAUCAAUUCGGAGGAACAAAUCGGGACCUUAGAAGGUUUUUGGUGGAAUACUGCGCAGCAUCCGCUACUCUAUCGUUUAGAGCCAUCUUCAAGUCCCUCUUGCAUUCCUGGACUCCUAUUGUUUUAACCCGUCCGUGACGAAUCAAGCUAAGGUUACACACUAAAGAAUAAACAAUGGAUAAAGCGGAGCUUAUUCAGAAGGCCAAGUUGGCGGAGCAAGCCGAGCGCUACGAUGACAUGGCCGCCUCGAUGAAGGAGGUAACGGAACAGGGGGGCGAGCUGUCAAACGAGGAGAGGAACCUGCUAUCUGUCGCAUACAAGAACGUGGUCGGAGCACGGCGGUCGGCAUGGAGGGUCAUCUCCAGCAUCGGACAGAAGACGGAGGGAAGCGACAAGAAGCUCGCAAUGGUCAACGAAUACCGGGAGAAGGUGGAGGGCGAGCUGAGAGAUAUCUGCAACGACGUACUGGAACUGCUGAAUAAAUAUUUAAUUGAGAACUCCACAAAUGCUGAAAGCAAAGUCUUCUAUCUUAAGAUGAAGGGCGACUACUAUAGAUACCUUGCCGAAGUGGCCUCUGGGGAUGACAAAACAGCAACCAUAGAGCACUCUCAGGAGGCGUACCAGCAGGCAUUUGACAUCAGCAAGAAGGAGAUGGACCCCACGCAUCCCAUCCGCCUGGGCCUGGCCCUCAACUUCUCAGUCUUCUUCUACGAGAUCCUCAACUCUCCAGAGAAAGCCUGCUCACUGGCCAAACAGGCAUUUGAUGAUGCCAUUGCAGAGCUGGACAAACUGAACGAGGAGUCAUACAAAGACAGCACUCUCAUCAUGCAGCUGCUCAGAGACAACCUGACAUUAUGGACAUCUGACAACGCGCCUGAGGAAGGCGAGGCUGGAGAAGCCAGCGAAGCCGGAGAGAACGAGAACUGAAACUCACAGGGUCAUCGCUCUCUCAAAAAAAAACCUUUUUACACAUCUCCAUUCCUGUAUUGCUCCACUUAAAGUCUUUUAGCAAUGAAACCCAUUACUGAACAAAAGCUGCAUGUGGAAAUUCCAAAAUAAUUUGACUUUUCACGCUGCAGCUUUUGUGCAAAUAAAAAAAGAAAAAUAUUGAUUGAGGGGGGGGGAGUGAAACCUCCAUUCCUUGGUUUGUUUGUCCUGAACUUCCAUACGUGCAGUUUCUCCUGUUAGAAAAGUAUUAAUAGCUUCUUUUUAUCAAUGUUUUAGUCCAAAUUAGAGGAAAAAAUACAUUCUAGGGCUUUUUGCUGAGCUACUGAAUCUUAGUCCCAUCAAAACACAAGGGGAGUUAAGAUGUUAGAACAGGGGUGUCUGUUAAGCAAAUUCAAUGAAUUGUUCCCUCACCCUCCAUAGGCUUGUUCUCUAUUUCUCCACAUGGAUGUCCUGUAUGGUUAGAGCUGCUGUGACGUCCUCCACACGGUUAUCCUGUAUGGUUACAGCUGCUGACGUCCUCCACACUGUUAUCCUGUAUGGUUACAGCUGCUGUGACGUCCUCCACACGGUUAUCCUGUAUGGUUACAGCUGCUGACGUCCUCCACACUGUUAUCCUGUAUGGUUACAGCUGCUGACGUCCUCCACACGGUUAUCCUGUAUGGUUACAGCUGCUGUGACGUCCUCCACACUGUUAUCUUGUAUGGUUACAGCUGCUGACGUCCUCCACACGGUUAUCCUGUAUGGUUACAGCUGCUGUGACGUCCUCCACACUGUUAUCUUGUAUGGUUACAGCUGCUGACGUCCUCCACACUGUUAUCCUGUAUGGUUAGAGCUGCUGUGACGUCCUCCACACGGUUAUCCUGUAUGGUUACAGCUGCUGACGUCCUCCACACUGUUAUCCUGUAUGGUUACAGCUGCUGACGUCCUCCACAUGGUUAUCCUGUAUGGUUACAGCUGCUGACGUCCUCCACACGGUUAUCCUGUAUGGUUACAGCUGCUGUGACGUCCUCCACACUGUUAUCCUGUAUGGUUACAGCUGCUGUGACGUCCUCCACACUGUUAUCCUGUAUGGUUACAGCUGCUGUGACGUCCUCCACACUGUUAUCUUGUAUGGUUACAGCUGCUGUGACGUCCUCCACACUGUUAUCUUGUAUGGUUACAGCUGCUGACGUCCUCCACACGGUUAUCCUGUAUGGUUACAGCUGCUGACGUCC